AUGGGCUAUUAUAUAGGUGUAAGAGCUUCAAAGGAUGGUGGAAAAGCAGUCCGAAUUAAUACAGAUAUCGGCUUAACAGUGCGAUUUGACGGGGUUUAUAAUGUGUUUGUCACUUUAACUUCGCAAUACCGAGGAAAGACAGCGGGACUUUGUGGAAACUACAAUGGUAAUAUCAAUGAUGAAUAUUUGGAUGCGAACUCCCAUCUCAGCAAUUCCAUCGUUGAAUUUGCGGAUUCCUGGAAUGCUGAUCGAAGCUGUAAAAAUUCACACCAAAAUCCUGGUAACCCAUGUAACACUGCAAGUCCCAUUGCCCAAGAGGCGAAGAAGAAGUGUCAGUUGCUCAAACAACGACCGUUUAAAAAAUGUCAUAAUUCAGUGAAUCAAGAUUCUGGCUUUAUUCAAGAUUGUGAAUAUGAUGUCUGUGCGUGCAAUAAUCAUCCUUCGUCCUGUCUGUGCGAAGAAUUUGCUGCUUACGUCACCUCGUGCUCACUAGCUGGAGUUUCUAUUACCUGGAAAAAUCUUCCUCGGUUUGCUGAGUGCAGUAAGUAUUUUCUUCAUUCAAUAAUACCAUAUCCUAAACGACAGGGAGGUAGCUUUUCCUUCAGCUGGCCAGAUUAUUACAACGUACUUUUAAGUGUUUUAAAUUCAUUUUAUCAAUGACCAUCAGACCAUUCAGUUCUCAAAAAACCAGUAUUCUUUGUGUGCAAUCACGUAGCCAUGUGAUAUCUGAACAAACUUGCGCCAAGGUACUUGCAGAUAAUUUUGAAAAACGCUCCGAUAUUCAUAAUUGCCAGAUCAGAAAUAACCACUGUUUAAAAUAUCCCAAGUUACAGAAUUGCACCGGGAAAAGAACAUUUCACGCAUAAUUUAACAAAUAAGUUAAACUCUUAUGGCAAAUAAGUAUAGCGAAUAAAUUGGUCUCGUUUAGAAAACUACUAGACCUAAGUACUUUAAAACAACCAUUUUCUGGAAAAUAGAAUUUUAGUUGGAAAAUAGAAAACGCGGUGUAUACGUAGUAGGAUUUUUAUAUUUCAAAUAAUUCAGUUAAACUACAACCCACCGGGCACACGACGUUGUUUCAACGUUGAAAUUUGGUAGAAAAAAGGUUGCGACGUCGACAACCUAAUAUCUAAGUUGCUCUGGCGUUGUUUUAAAAACAUUGGUUCAACAGCAGCCAACAGACGUUCAAUCAACGUUCAUUCAUGGUUAAAUGUACGACGUCGAUUUGUGAAGUAAUCUCAACGUCGUUUCAACGUUGAUUCAACGUUGAAUUAUGGUUGACGAGAUUGGCAACCUAAUUUCAACGUUGUUUCAACGUCGAAACAGUAACGUCGAUCCAUUUUGCAUAGUCAACCCUUUUUUAACGUCUAUCCAACGUCUGGAAGGUCAUUUCCAACGUUGAUUCAACGUUGAAUAAACGUCAUUUUGCCCGCUGGGAAACUACGAAUUGACCUAAACAUGAACGAGGAUGGAAUAGCUGAAACGAUUUUCAUUGAAAUGAUUUCAACAUCAUGUAAAAAUAUUAGGUGGCAAUUACUUAAUGGUAAUUACGUUGGAAGUAUGUUUAUUGAAUUUGUGACAGAGUGCUGAAUGCAAAACCAGAGCAUAUUUAAUUUAAGGUGGCUCCCUAGGGUUUUUUUAAUUUACUACAGUAUAUAGUAUUCAGGUGACUCCUGCUUCUUCACUUUACAUGACAUGAAGAUGAAAUUUAGUGGACGAAUUGACAAUGUUCUCCUGAACAUUGCAAGUUGUUACCAGGGGCGGAGCGAAGACUAUCCUUUUCGGGGGGUGCAAGACAACUUUUUGCCGACAAAAGGGCGUGGCUAGCGCGCGGUUAGGGCGUGGUCAAAGCAAACCGUAUUCAUUUUUAAGUGAUAUACAAUGAUUAACGCUUUGUAGUAAGAUAAUUUAUUUUAAUUUACUUUUAAAAUAGGCGAAAUAGUUCCGAAAAAAAAUCGAAAAAGCACAUCAAUGCAUUCGUCAUCAAACGACCGAUUGCAAACUAAACACCUCAGUUUCUCUCUCUUCCGUUUGCGUUUUUGCUUGCCUGUCCAUACUUUUAAAUCAUCUCCGUUUUUCUCAUUGUAUAAAAGACCUUUAGGUGUAAUUUCUAAGACUUUUACUGGCUUUACAAGAUUAUGAAAUGAAGCGCAGACGCAUCAACAGUCAACACGUACAUGUGCUUCGAAUUUCCUAGCUAUGGUAUACUUCACAAAAUUGCAAGAAAAUAUAAUACUAUUAAAUAGCGAAUUAGCGUAAUACGUUCUUGGCCAAUUUAGCUGAAUGUUCGGAAAAGGGCCAAGCUUUCAGUCGACAUAUCCAUCUUUUCGAUCUCGCAUUUUCUACAAAUUUUCUCCAAUCUCUCUCCAAUCAGGUAUUGCCUAUUGGCUUGAUCCAAUUUAUUUUGCCGACAACUGAUUUAUGGUGCGCCCCCCCCCCCUUAGCUACGCCCCUGGUUGUUACUUUUGUGUUAAAAAUCUGUUGUCAUGGCAACAGCAUGCUUAGAAUAAAGCUCAAAAUUUGUCUUUUUCGGUGAAAUUUUUUAAAACUGUGCAUAAAAGAUAAUACUUGUAUAAUGAUAUUUUUUCCUCAAUUUAAAAAAAAUUAAAUCGAUCGUUUCCUGAAAAUUUAAAAUCGUCAAAAAUCAAUAUUAAAAUUUUCCCUUCGAUUUAAUUUUAAGAAAAAUGGAUAUUGCACUUGUUGUGCCAAUAUUAAAAAAUGUGCAAAAUUUUAAAAAUUUCACCGAAGGAAAAGGGAGAAAUUUGGGGUUAAUUUUGGCAAUUUUUACUAAAUUUUGACGCGAACAAUUUAAUAACACAACUGACGUAAUAAAAAUAAAAAAGAAUUAUAAAAUAGAAAAAAUGUCAUUAAUAUCGUGAUAGAAAAAAAUAUCAUUUUUAUUUAUCUACGUUAUUUAAAAAUGUUAUCGAUCUUUGGAGUUUCACUUGUUUUGUAUAUUGUUAAAAUACUCAGUGGUUCUAAAAAUAUUAAUAACUUAUACUGACCGAGAGUGAGGACAGUACGGGAGAGUGAGGACAGUACGGGCCGAGGUCUUGCUGCCGGUAUUGACCGAGCGAUAGCGGGGUUAAUAGAACAAGGCCGAGGUUGGAUAUUUUCCCGUACUGCCCGAACGGUUGAGGUGAGUAGGUCUUUUAUUAUAUGGCAUAAUAAUAUACGUUUGUAAAAAACAGGAAAAAAUGUCACGCGAGGGCAAAGUACAAAGUCCGAAUUAUUUGCAAAACUAGAAAAUACAUUCAUGCAGAAACCCUCGCCUUGCUGACAAAACCAUUGUAUUUUCCGAACAUAAAGUAUCUAAAGUAGUUGCCAUGGUAACACGAUAAGUUUUUAAAGAAUAUUCUUACAAAUGAAAAAUCGCUUAAAAAUAUCACUUUUAAUUACAAAAUUAUCAAUUUCCCAAUAUAUAUAUAUAUAUGUUAGGUAUGAUAUUAUACGUAAUAUAAGCUUCAAUUUAAGGUAAGAUUCAACCACAAACGCUUCCCAAAACGUUUUAAAGUGUUCUUUAUAAAACUAAACUGCCUUUAUUCUUUAAUUAAAUGGCUUUAUCGAUAAACUUUGAGUUUGCAAUAAAAUGAUUUCAAAUUCUAUAGCAUGCAAAUAACUUUGCUUUCUUUUUUAUUUAAAAAAAUUUCAAUAUAAUAAAAAAGAGAAUCAAUAUUAAAGAUACACUGAAACGGGGCCCGACAUGCUGUCUUGUUUAGUUGUUUCAUAUACGCAAAGGCCGUCGGGUUUUAAAGCAAUUAUAAAAUCAAUAUUUAAAACAAACUUACCUUCGUUAACGUCGGCUCUCUUCUUUUAGCCGAUUCUUUCGCCAUUUCCUUCUUGAAAUUUACAAAUGAUGUUGCAAAAAUGCGAGCAACAAUGAAAUAUAUUUGCAACAGAUUUAUCAAUCAUCAAAUAAAGAAAUGUUUGCUAUUUCGCUGUCGUCAUGCAUAUUUCGCUGUCAUCAUAAUGCAAACUUUAAAUUGGACCAAUCAUAGUGUUUGCUAUUCAUGACAGUCCGCCAUAUUUUUGAGAUCAGUGAGGAUGACCAGCCACGGUUGGUGACCCACGCCCGCGAUAUUUGAUGAACUUUAGACUUCGCUAAUGCUUUCGUUUCCCUGGGUGUAAAUAGCCGGGGGGGGGGGGAUUAGUACCCUCGCACGGUGUUGCGCGCCGUCGGCUCGGGGAUUACAAUUGUAUAGCAACGUUCUAUUGUUUAGCAAAACUACUCUACAGCACUUUUUUAUAGAAUACUAAACACAGUUUGGAUAGUAUUGCAAGCAAAAUACGAGGUAUUUGGUCAUUUAAUCAAGACAACAAAUAUGAAAACAAUAAAAUCAAUAAACGGUAUGGACGUCAAGUACGUUUUCAGUUCGCUACAUCUCAUAUAUCUGUCUCUUUAUCUAACAAAAACACUGAAAUUUUCAGGGGAAAAUUAUAAAUCUGUAGCUGCUUUAGUCGUAUUUUUUAUUUAAGAUGGUGUCAAAUUCCUCCUGGCUAUCUGCAAAUAAAAUUUGCAGCUCUUCACAUAGGCAAAACACAACUCUCCUGACUGCUUUAAUAGUUAUAAACAUUGUAAAAUUUACGUUCUAAUUUCGACUUUCGCUAACAAAAAGGAAUUAAGAAAGUUCUUUAACUACAGAAAGUGCUCCUUUUCUUUGUUUUAGGUUUAUUUUUCUUCGUUUAGAAUAGUUUGAAAGACUUUUAGGCACUUCUUGCCGUUUGAAACUCGGCUCUCUUCGCAGGGCAAUAAAAAUUGCGUAUUGCCGGUGGGCAAUACGGGAAUAUCCUGCCUCGUCAGCAGCCAAUCAAAUUGCGCGAUUCAUCAAAACAAAUGCUUGUCAUAUGAUAAUAAGUAUUAGUAUAAUUUUCGCAUAUCAAAUGAGCUUUCGCGCGUUCUGAUUGGCUGGUUGACAUUGUUUACCAGCCGACUAAAAAGAAAGAUUCGACAAAUUUGGUUUCAAAAUGGAAAAAAUAUUGAAAAAAUUGUCGCCAGAAAAUGAAAGAAGCACAAAAUGUUGUAUUUAACUUGAAAGUUAAGGUUUCCUUUAUUAUUUUACUGUGUCAAACAUAUUCACAAACAAUUUAAAACUUAUCUAAGACUCCGAAACAUUCAAUUCAAACAAAUAUAGCAAAAACUAUCCCGACUAUUGGGAAAAACCUUGCCGUGAAAUUCUUUUACUAAACAUUUUGUUUUGUAUCCAAUAACUAUCUCAAGUUGUACGAUACUAUUUGUUUUGAUAUGUCGUGUUUUCAUUGUGCCGUAUUGAAUGUCUGGCGUUCUGAACUCUGUAUUGCGUUUUCAAAACUUGUAAAGUGAAAAGUGUAUUAAUUAAAACUUUAUUUCAAGGCAUUCGGGCAAUAGGUUUACAUUCCACUUUACCAAUUUUCUUAGCCAUUUCCUGAACAAAUUAAUGCUAAACAGAAACUAUUUUUUAAUUCUAAGUCUGGUGAAAAAGUCAUUCCAUCAUUUUGUUUAUAUUCUAAGUAGAAAUUGAGAAAAACAACUUUGUAAAAAAGCAGAAAAGUCACAAAGGAAGCCAUCUUGAAAGCGUGCGUGUACAAGAAACAUUGCAACACUAAAACAGUAACGGUAUAACCGGCCGAAAACAGUUUCAUUUCUCAAUUUUAAAUAAACUGAUAUUUGGAUAUUUUGUUUUAUUCAUCAAAAAUUUAUACUAAAACAAUUAUUCGUUUCAGGCUCAGUGAUUACGGAGAAUAUUCACCUCGACUUCGUUUCGGUGAAUUUUCACCGGUAAUCUCUUCGUCUUCGGCGAAUAAUUGUUAAAUAUUGCUUCGAGAAAUUUAUUUCUAUGCCCGCAUUUCGAUAAAAGUUCACAUCUUGAAUUCAAAGAAAAAAGUUCAGUGCAACUUCGUUCCCAGGCUCUUUCCUCUUGUGGAGGAAAAACCCUCGUCGGAGCUGGUCACGUGAAUCCCCAGAUUUUGGGGAUAAAUUGAAUUUGAUCUCAGGGAGGGGUAGUAGAGGAGUCCGUUUGUUGCGUUUGGAAAAUUGCAACUUUAUGUGUUAUAACUUCGGGUGAUAAAAAUGUAAAUUGCAACAAGAGAUUGUGAAAGGAACUGUUCUAAACUCGUACCGAUCAUGACACGACUUCCUGUUAUACUGAAUGUCGUCAAUUAUAAGUGUUGCGUGACAUUUCAAGCGAGAAGCUGGAUCAUAUUUCACUUGCAAGGAAAACACUCCACACGCGCUUGGCUUGCGAAGUUUAGCACGUAUCGCCGUAGAAACACCAAUAUCUUCUACACCGACUGAAGAAAGAUUAUGUCGAAGUAUAGCUAUCUGUUAUCAUACGAACACCAAGACGCUUCCGUUCGUGCGGUACAACUUGAAUAUCUAGGACGAUAUAUGCACCAGACACUAGUAUUGUACUUUACUAGUAAAUUAUUUUAUUUUUCGUUUAUUACAGUAAUUUACAGCAGGUACAUUGUAAAUCUUAUAAAGACUUUUCAUUGGCAUUGCCAUUGUCAUUACCCAUUGAGGGCUUUAUUUGAAGAAUAAUCCAGCUUAAAAAUCCAUGCAGCUUCUUUAGACUUGAAUAAUGCCGCUGUAAGUUAUCAAUAUUUAAAUUAAAUCAACUUUAAUAUUUAUCGUAUACUGUAAUCGACAUUUUAGAAGUUUCACCAAAUGAUACUGGAGGCAAACAACCUAUCUGUCAAUGGAAACUUUAAAAGGCUUAUUACAGUAAAACUCAUGUUAAAUAAUAAUUUUAUGAGCGAGACUUUGUGCGCAUAUACAGUUUAUGAAAUAUAUAUAUAUAUAUAUAUAUAUAUAUAUAUAUAUAUAUAUAUAUAUAUAUAUAUAUAUAUAUAUAUAUAUAUAUAUAUAUGUAUAUAUCCCUAAUAAAACGUAGGGACACUUUAUUAAUACCAGAUUAAUAAAAUACUUUGCUAAACGGCCUUUUUGGCUAUCAUUCCUUUGCAUUCAAGGGGCGAGGGCUAAUGGCGAGGAUAUGCGAGAAUAUAGGAUAUGCUGUGCAAUAUUUUUGUUUCAACAAACAGGUACUCGUGCAGCCGACAAAAAAGAAAAUGCAUACAGUUGUAAUCGAUCCCAAACAAUUUUGUACGUUAUAUUUUGUCUUUAAUAUAAACAAUGAUAACCUUUUUAAAAACAUCUAGAGCAAUAUGUCUAUAAACAGUUUAAUUAAAAAUCAAUAGAAUGGACAUUCAAUGUGUAUUUGGCUAGCGUCCAAAUGUGUCACGUUUGCUAUAAGACCAGCAAGGCGCUACGACCUACACAGUCGCUUUUCAGACCUCUGUUCAACAAAAUUUAUACCGUUUCCAUAUGCCAACAAUUCAUUGGCAUAUUAUAUUUAUAAGAAUAUUAUGAAUAUCUGAACCAGAGCCAGAACAGAAACGUACGCGUGAAAUGAAACUGCGCCCGAACCCAGAGAAAAUAAAAGGGCGGGUAUUUCAAAGUGCACGGUCAUACGUUUCCGUUGCUUGAUUUCCUGACUUAUGAUUGUAUGAUUGUACAGAACGGCCAUUCCUUGCAAUCGAAGUGUGAAGUGCGGAAGUGGAACAUGUAAUAUGAGACUUUUCCAUCCCCCUCUUAGGUUAUCAAUUUUUUAUGGGUUACGUGACCAGCCCGAACAGGGUUUUUCAUAACGUAACGAGGUCGAGUUCAGGAUGGUAGAUUAUACUGAAAUUUUCAUGUGUACAAAGACUGCAGCGUUUUGUUGUAUUGUUGUAGCUCCUGCAUUGUUUAAUUAACUAAUAAUACGCCAGUUUAUAGGGUACUUGACCUUUGACUCUUUAUGUUCCCAGAUGUAUUUGCUAGCUCUGUGGCAUUUCUAUACUUGUUUAAUCUGAAUUUUGUAACUUAUAGAAAAGAGAGUGCUCAAUCUUGUUGAUAGAUUGUCCUCUUAUACCGUUGUCCUCUUGUUGCUGGAUUGGCUAUUUCAUACCUGCAUUAAUUUCUGCAUUUUUACUCUUUCUACAAGACGCUCCUUGUGCUGUUGGACCUGGUAGAAAUGGUUUCACUUGUUCCAAUUAGAGAUAAUUACUGUAGAGAUAGAGUAGGAUUGUCAUUGGGCUCUUGCUCAUUUUUUGUCUGUAUUAAUUUUCACAUUUUCAUUAUUUUUUCAAGAUGCUCCUUGUGCUGCAGGACCUUGUGGAAAUGGCGCUACCUGUUCCAAUCACGGCAAGGAUUAUAAAUGCACAUGCGCAGCUGGAUAUACUGGGAAACAGUGUGAAACUCGAAGUAAGUACAAACAUUUUAAAGGUUUUGGGCGAAGUUCUUCUAAGGCACCUUUCUACGAUCCAGAUACCGGCCCGUAUCAUUGCCGGGGUGGAAUUACAAAGAAAAGUUGCACAGAUCAGUUAUGAAGCACAAAUGGUUAACGAUUUUCAUGGCGUUUUUCUUCACAUUAAUUCACUUACAAGAAAGACCAUUGCUUCAGGAAUUUACGUCAUUCUUGUUUUCAAAACCAGCACGAAACCAUAAUGUGAAAAUUGUAAAAAUUAAACGGCGGUAUUUACAUCGGUAAUCGCGCAUGGUUUCAUAAAGCUGCAUAUACAGUUAAGUUGGCAUGGAUAUAACCGUUGUGAUCAUUUUGUUUAUUUCGUUUUCUCCAACAAAUUGAAUUGUUGCUCUGUAGAAAUUCACGUGCAAAUCGCGGAUUGUGUUAGAGUCUACGCCUUCGCUUAAGCUGAACUUCGGUCGUUUCGCAUGAAGGCGGAAUUCUUGUUCUCUCAGUUCGUCGUUGAGAUCGCCAGCUGUUUGUUACAGUCAUUUUAAUUAUUGCUGUUGAUACUGCAUUGGACCUUGGGAGUUCCUGCAUGUAGGUAUUGGCUGGAACAGCACUGAUGUGCCAUUGGCUCGGUGAUUAAAAACAGAGUUAUAAUUCAAUUUUGCAUUUCAUUUUCAUUUCAGCAUGCACUAAUCCUAAAGCGUUAGGAAUGAAAAGUGGGAAGAUUGCAGAUUCUAGAAUCAAGGCUUCGUCAGAGUGGAAUUCCGCUGAUUGGGGCGCAACUAAAGCUCGUUUGAAUUUCGCUAAAUACUCAUGGUUAGCAAAACGAAAUGACCGCAAACAGUGGUUGCAAGUUGAUUUCAAAUACAGGGCAACAAUUACUGAUAUUAUGUCUCAAGGUCGUGGCAAUUCUGGUCAGUGGGUUCGAAGUUACACUGUUUCAUAUUCUAAUGAUGGCGUCAACUUUAAUCGUUACCAAAGAAGUGGAAAAGAUAAGGUAAGAUUCACUUACUAGGUAAUAUUACAUUUCCUUACAUUUCCAAUACAGUCAAAUUCUCACGACCGGUAAAACAUUCUUGUUGAAUCAACGUAUUUCCAUGAACACUGCCAUUCAUGUAACAGUGCGUUUACUGUUCGUACUGAAUCCGCGAAACGACAUGUCGAUUCGCUUAUUUUGUGCCAGCAAACCGUAACGCACCACAGCACUUUAUCUUGUAUCGAAGUAUAGGGCUCAUACAGCAACGGAUUGAUUAUGAUUCUUUAACUGAAUUUCAUGAUGGCAUGUCUCUUUCGUCCUAUAAACACACAUACAAUUUUCAACACCACCAUUAGCCAAUAAAGCCUUAGAAGAGACACUUUAAAUUAUAUCCUGACUCUUAGGUACUACGAGCAAACGUGAAUGUAGAUUGCAUCGUUAAAAGCACACUUGAACCAGUUAUUGUGGCACGUUUCAUCCGAAUCCAUCCCAGAACAUGGAAUAGACAUAUUGCUAUGCGAGUGGAAUUUAUUGGUUGUUUUGAAGGUAGAUAUUUAUUAUGAAUAUUGUGCAAUAAUUCUCUAUCAAGCUAACGUCACAGCAUGAUUCGAUCGAAUAAUUUGUCUAAACUAAUGUUGUUAUAGCAACAAAUUAUGACAUCAUUGUGAUGUUAUUUCCAUUCCCCGCCCUUCCGCAGUCCGAGUAGCGUUGAUCAACAAGGAGGAAUUUUGUUAUCGACCAACCAAUGCAUUUGCUGACAUUUUCGCUCUUAGCCAAUCAAAAUGAGUAAUUGAUUACUACUUCAGGUAAAAACAAACAUUUGAACAGAAAAUAUUGUGUCUUAAAUAAAGGUUCGAGGGGGUCUAUAUUUUCGGUUUAAAUGUAUGUUUUUACUGGAAGUGGGCUUCCUGUUCUCGCAGGGAAACUACCUACAAUAACCAAUUACGCAGUCUGAUUGGCUUAGAGCGAAAUCGUCAACAAAUGUACUGAUUGGUCGCGAACUAAAUUCCCCGUGUUGCGUUAAUCAUAAUGUCCGCGGCAACUUUGUAGCUCUUAUAAUAUAAUAGUAUAAUUAACAGUACAGAAAAACGUAAUUUAAUGUGGAUUGGUUUUUAGAAGAUGAAAUUUUCGAAUAAAUAUUAAUAUACGGACCUAACCAGGAUCAGCUUGUGAACAAUGAGGUUAUAAAAAAGACAAGGAAUAAAAAUAAAUUAUUCUGUAUAAAUGUCUACGUAAUCAAACACCACCAUUUCAGGCCAGCCAUGCGCAAAAGAACCAUGUAAAAACGAAGGAAAAUGUAGUGAUGUUGAAGGAGAAGCCUCGUGUUCAUGUCUUCCAGGGUAUUAUGGUGCUCGAUGUGAAGAAAAAG